AUGACGUCUUUCGGAGGAAAGCAGGUACGUGAAAGUAAUUUUAUGCCAACAUUUAAAAUUCAAGGACAGGUCUACCACAGAAUAGGGAGUUUAAUGGCUAGCUCUGAUCAACAGUCUUCUUUUCUUCAAAUAUAUUUUGUUGGUGAUGAUGAUAGUGAACGAGAUAUUCGUUGUGGCAUUUAUCCUGGAAUUAAUUCAAAUCUAACUCAUCAAUUGCAGAUGAUGCUUCAUGAUCACAAUAAGUAUAUUCUUGAUUUUAAAGUUGCAAUAGAUUCAGUUCCAAAAGGUCAAAAGGAGUUCAAAGUCGUGAUUAAUGCUGAUCGAAAACCUUCUGGUGAACAUAAAGGUCGCUUUAAUGCUCCUCAAGCUAGGGAAGUAGCUGUCCUUAUCGUUGGGCAGGAUUUUGAAAAACGAGAUAUCGUUCUCCAAAGCAGAAGCAAUCAAGUCGUGCGAAUCAGCGAGACACACCGUGCUUAUGAUGCUUUGCAAUACCCAUUGAUGUUUUGUUAUGGAGAAGGUGGAUAUCACAUUAAUAUUCCGAAGCGUGAUGAGAAGACUAAGACUCCUCUCAAUAAAACCGUGUCAGCUUCAGAAUUUUACAGCUUCAGGAUUAUGGAACGCGAUGGUGAAGAAGGAUGCUUAUUAUUAUUUCGUAAUCUUUUAAAUCAAUUUUUAGUAGACAUGUAUGCCAAAAUUGAGACUGAACGACUUAACUGGAUCCGUAAUAACCAAAAAAAGCUGAGAAGUGAGGAAUAUGUUCAUUUAAAGGAUGCUUUGACGAAAAAUGAUGGACAAUCAUCAACUAUGGGAAAAAUGGUUGUGUUACCUUCUUCUUUUACUGGUGGACCCCAUUAUAUGCAUGAGCGAACUCAGGAUGCAAUGACAUAUGUUCGACAUUAUGGACGGCCAGAUUUGUUUAUUACUUUCACCUGCAAUCCCAAGUGGCCAGAAAUAACAGAGCUUUUGCGUCAAGGUCAAAAAUCACAUGAUCGACAUGACAUUGUAGCGAGAGUUUUUAAUGUAAAAGUAAAACAUAUGAUGAAGCUUCUUACAGUGGGUAGUAUUUUUAGUAAAACAAAAUGUCACAUGUACACUAUCGAAUGGCAGAAACGUGGACUUCCUCAUGUUCACAUUCUACUGUGGUUGGAAGAAAAAAUAAGAUCUGAGUCUGUUGACCAAAUUAUAAGCGCUGAAUUACCUGAUCCUAACCUAGAUCCAGAUCUUUUUGAAAUCAUAAAAUCAACCAUGAUUCAUGGUCCAUGUGGUUCUUUCGACUCAAAGUCACCCUGUAUGGUUGAAGGAAAGUGUACUAAAAGAUAUCCUAAGGCAUUUUUAAAAGAAACUGUCACUGGAGACGAUGGCUAUCCUCAGUAUCGCAGACAAUCUCCAGCAGAUGGUGGAAUGAAAAUAACCCUUAACGGAGUUGAAGUUGACAAUAGAUGGGUAGUCCCGUACAAUCCCGUUCUGUCCCGUACUUUUAAAGCUCAUAUUAAUGUGGAAUAUUGUAAUUCUGUUAAGUCUAUUAAAUACAUUUGUAACUACCUUAAUAAAGGAUCUGACCAAGCAGCGUUUACCGUUGAGGAUUUUGAUGAGGUGAAAAAGUACCAAGCAGGACGUUACAUUAGUAGUUCUGAAGCGGUUUGGCGCAUACUUUGUUUUUCUAUUCAUGACAGAUUUCCUUCUGUCAUGCAUCUUGCUGUACAUCUUGAAAACGGUCAACGAGUUUACUUCACAGAAGGAAAUGUAAUUGAUAAAGUUGUUAAUCCACCAAAGACAACUCUAAUGGCUUUUUUUGAACUUUGCAACUGUGAUAAUUUUGCAAAAACUCUUUUAUACUUUGAAGUUCCGGCUUACUAUGUAUGGAAGAACAACCACUUUGAAAGGCGGAAAAAAGGUAAGGAUGUUCCAGGUUAUUUAGGAGUUAAGAAAGAUCAUGUUUUAGGUAGAGUGUAUACCGUUCAUCCCGGUAAUGCCGAGUGUUAUUAUCUGCGUCUUCUAUUACAUCAGAUUCGAGGUCCAGUAUCAUUUUCUGCUUUAAAAACUGUUGAUGGAGUAAUUCAGCCAACAUUUCAAGCAGCAUGUAGAGCACUAGGUCUUCUCGAAGAUGAUGCUAAUUGGGAUCACACUCUAGAAGAAGCUUGCAUCUCUGAUUCUCCGUUCAAAAUCCGUGAGCUGUUUGCCAUCAUGUUAGUUUUUUGUCAUGUUGGCGACCCACAGAAAUUAUGGGAGAAAUACCGAGACAAUUUUUCUGAAGAUAUUAGGAGAGAGAUAGAACGAGAAGAUGGAAAUGUCGAGCUGAUGCUUGACAUUAUUUACAACAAAUGCCUCAAUUUGAUUGAAGAUAUUGUUAUAUCAAUGUCGGGAAAGACACUUCUUCAGUUCGGUCUCCCCUCCUCAUCACGAGAGGAAAGAUUUAUUUUCACCAAUCGUCAAUAUCUGAAUGAAUUGGCUUAUGACACUACCUAUUUGAAUAAAUUUGUAGCUGAAAAUGUUCCUAAGUUAAACUUAGAACAGAAAAAAGUUUACAGUAAAAUUUUGAAUUCGAUUAUUUCUAAUUCUGAGCAAUUAUAUUUUCUUGAUGCUCCAGGUGGUACUGGAAAAACUUUUUUAAUCAAUUUGUUGCUCUCGAAAAUUAGAAGUGAGAACAAAAUUGCUAUAGCUGUUGCUUCCUCAGGAAUUGCUGCGACUUUGAUUGAUGGAGGCAAAACAGCUCACUCUGCAUUUAAAUUACCUCUAAAUUUGUGUCAUUCUGAGUCCCCACUUUGUAACAUCUCUAAACAAAGUGAUAUAGCUCAUGUACUAAGAGAAACAAAAAUAAUUAUCUGGGAUGAGUGCACAAUGGCUCACAAAAAAGCUAUUGAAGCUCUGAACAGAACGCUCCAAGACAUCAGAGGUUGCAACCAACUUAUGGGAGGAGUAGUUGUUCUCUUGGCUGGUGACUUCAGACAAACAUUGCCUGUUGUACCACGAGGAACACGCGCUGAUGAAAUUCAAGCCUGUAUCAAGUCAUCCUUUUUAUGGCCUUCGGUAAAAGUUCUAUCUUUGACUAUCAAUAUGCGUGUUCAUCUUCAACCACAUCCACAAGCUGAGGAGUUUUCGAAAGUACUCAUUGACAUAGGUGACGGUAAGAUCCCAGAAGAAGACGGAAAAAUAAAUGUUUCUUGCAUUCGUUGUGAUAUUGUCCCAGAUUUAAUCACCUUGACUGAAAAAAUAUACCCGAAUAUUGACAAGGCUGGAGAAAAUUGCAGUUCAUGGUUAAAAGAGAGAGCUAUUCUCACUCCAACUAAUGAACAAGCUAAUUCUAUUAAUAACUUUUUACUGGAGCAACUGCCAACUGAGCAAGUAAGAUAUGAGUCGGUAGACACAGUAAUGGAGGACGAAGACGUUGUUCACUACCCUGUAGAGUUCUUACAUACUCUUAAUCCACCAGGAAUACCUCCUCAUGUUCUUCAUCUCAAGAUUGGCACCCCAAUAAUGUUGCUCAGAAAUUUAAACCCUCCAAAAUUAUGUAAUGGAACUAGGCUCCAAGUCAAGAUCUUACACAAAAAUGUUAUUGAGGCCACAAUUAUCACCGGAAAAUAUCAAGGAGAAACUGUAUUCAUUCCAAGAAUUCCGUUAAUUCCAUCAGACUAUCACUUUGAAUUCAAACGUCUGCAAUUUCCUGUUAAAGUUUGUUAUGCUAUGACAAUUAAUAAAGCACAAGGGCAGAGUUUGAAGAUGGCUGGAAUUGAUUUAAGAAAUGAUUGUUUCUCUCAUGGUCAACUUUACGUGGCAUGCUCAAGAGUAAGUUCACCUGACAACUUAGUCAUUCUUCAGCCAAUUGGAAAAACCAAAAACGUCGUGUAUAAAUAA